AUAACAUUGGAUCUCCUACUCAACCAUUCAGUUAUAUGAAGGAUGCUUCUGAGUUGAGUUUAGAAGAAGAGUUCUUGAAUUUGAGUCAACGAAAAACAAUUGAGGAGUUAAAAGACAUUCAAAAUGACAUGGUUUGUGUAGUUCUAGGCACAAUCAACCAUGUUGUUAGUGGCAAUGACUGGUGGUAUGCCGCAUGUGUCUGCAACAAGGGAGUUAUUGCAGAUUCGAAAAGAUUUUUUUGCCCUAAAUGUAACAAGCAUAUUUGGACUAUUGUGCCAAGGAACUUGAGCCAACUAUUGUGCCUAGAAUUAUUUCUGGUUUUGUUGAACAAACAAUGCUGUUUAAGAUUGAUGUCAAGAAUGAUGACAAUUCUGGUUUUGAAAAGUCGUUCCGUGUCAAAAAAGUUUGUGUUGAUAAAGAAAUUGUCAACAAAUUCAAAUCUGUUAUGA